GGGAAGAAGCAAGUUUCGUCUUCAACAAUCAACAUCAUGAUCUGACUCUAGCCGAAUCGAAAUCAAAGUCAGACUCGCGUAAUCUCAUAUCAUAUCAUUCUUCCGAUUUCAGAAGUCAGAGAGAGAGAAGAUGAAGAGCGAAAGCGAAUUGGUUGGAUUCUGCAUUGAGGCAGCAUGUGAGAGCAGAGAAAGCGUGGAUAAAUGGCGGAUGCAGAGCCGCAGUCUCGAUCGCUUGCCUUCUCAUCUCGCCGACUCUCUCCUCCGCCGCCUCAUCGCCCGCCGCCUCCUUUACCCCUCUCUCCUCGAGGUUUUCAAACAUAGUGCUGAAGAGGUUGAUGUGAGAGGGGACAACUCCGUGGACGCAGAAUGGAUGGCGUAUUUGGGAGCAUAUCGUCACUUGCGCUACUUGAACCUCUCCGAUUGUCAUCGAGUCUCCACUUCAGCUCUUUGGCCAAUUACAGGAAUGAGUAGCCUUCAGGAGUUGGAUCUAUCUAGAUGCUUCAAGGUCAACGAUGCUGGAAUUAACCAUAUUCUUUCCAUUCCUAAUCUGGAGAGGCUACGUAUUUCAGAAACAAGCGUCACUGCAAAAGGAGUCAAGCUUCUCGCCUCGCUUAAAAACUUGUCUCUUCUUGACUUGGGUGGUUUGCCUGUUGAUGACGUCGCAUUAACUUCAUUGCAGGUACUGAAAAGGCUACAUUAUAUUGAUCUCUGGGGUAGUAAAAUAUCAAACAAAGGUGCUUCUGUUCUCAAUACAUUCCCAAAGUUGACCUAUCUCAAUCUUGCUUGGACCAGUGUCACAAAAUUGCCUAAAUUAUCAUUUCUUGAAUACCUGAACAUGAGUAACUGUACUAUUGAUUCUAUACUUGAAGAUGAUAAAGCUCCUUUGGCAAAGCUUAUUCUCUCUGGGGCCAUGUUCAUGAAUGAAGCUGAAGCUUUGUUAUAUGCAAAUACAAAUUUCCUAUCCUUUUUGGACGUGGCCAAUUCCAGCUUUCACAGAUUCUUCUUCUUAAGUAAAAUGAAAGUGAUAGAACAUCUCAAUCUCAGCUCAUGCAUGAUGGGGGAUGAUUCAGUUGAGAUGGUUGCGUGCGCUGGUGGAAACUUGAAAAGUCUGAAUUUGAGUGGUACCAGGGUUAGUUCUGCUGGAUUAGGGAUUUUAGCUGGACAUGUUCCCCAUCUUGAAAUUCUGUCAUUAUCUCAGACACCAGUGGAUGACACUGCCAUCUCAUUUAUCAGUAUGAUGCCUUCAUUAAAGGAUGUUGACCUGAGCAAUACAAAUAUUAAAGGUUUUCUGCACCAAGGAAGGACUGAUGUGAACUCCCUGCUCUCUCUAAUGGCUCUGCAAAAUCUUAAAUUAGAAAGGUUGAAUUUGGAGCAUACGCAAGUUAGGGAUGAAGCGUUAUACCCUUUGUCAAGCUUCCAAGAGCUGAGAUAUUUAUCUCUUAAAAGUGCUUCACUUGCAGACAUCUCACUUUACUAUUUAUCAUCAAUUCCUAAAUUGACAAAUCUUAGUAUUUGUGAUGCGGUAUUGACAAAUUAUGGGCUUGAUAUGUUUAAGGCUCCUGAAACUCUGAAACUGCUGGACCUCAAAGGUUGUUGGCUCUUAACUGAAGACACUAUCUUGUCAUUCUGUAGAAAUCAUCCACAAGUUGAAGUCAGGCAUGAACUUGGUACCUUAUUUCCUGUCAAUCAAAACGGACUUAAUCAUUCCUCUCCAUCUCGAUCAACUUCCAAGACUAUGCAAAUGACUAAGAAGAAAGAUCAAAUUCCCUUAUCUCCAUAUUUUGUUGAUCAAAGAUUGAAGUAUAGCAGGGACGAGUUACUUGCAUUGCAGUUUACAUCUUUGCCCCUUGCAUCUAGUAGUGAGAGUGGCAAUUCAAUAUUUGAGAAACAAUUGGGUUGAGUGGAGAAAUCUCCUUCCAUAUAAUUGUUUGCACUCAUGGCGUUGGGAAGGGAAUGCGAUUUGAACAGAGAUUGCCUCAGGAUUAACAGCCCAAGUAUGAUGUUAUUCAAUGUUUCAUAAGUAUGGCUUCUCACCAAAAGGAAAGGUGCAACUCGAAUGCACAAGCUCAAAGCUGAAUCACGUUUCUGAUAGAGAAAUCGAAUGAUAUGCCUUGACUCCAACUUAGUAAACAUGUAGAUAUGCAAUGUGGUUAAAGAAAGGCUUUUUAGUAAUUUUAUUGCAUGAUUUGGCUGACACGUUAUUCUUUUUCCAGUGCAAUGGUGAACACAUCACACAUGGAAUGUGAAAGAUUGCUGGUUCUUAGUUUCUGCGGGUUUCUGUGUGUGUUUAGCCAGUUAUUUGUGGGUUUUCUUCUCCUUCUAAGGAAAAGCUAGGCAAAAUAUUUUGUGUAGAAGCUCUUAAAAAUAAAAGGAGCUCUUUUUUAUUAAAGAAAAGAUGAAAAAAAGAGCAUCUUAAA